AUGACACAAGCUAUCCGACAUAACACUCUAACUUUACCCUCCGGCUGCUCUCCCUUGUACGCGCCGCUAGCCACGCUGGAAAGCCGGACCGAGCAGCCCGAGAGAGCCCAGUGGAUCUCGGGGCGACGCGGGGGCCGCGGGCCGAGCACACCAUCUGCUCCAAGCCAAGCGGUACCGGGCCGGCGGCAGGAAGGAUGCUGCGCCGCCGCACACCUGCGGGAGCCUCCCGCGCGCUCCCACCCGCCUCGGGCGCCCAAGCUCGGCCGCGUUAGGCCGGUGCGACGCGGCGCUGUGGCCGAAGGCUGCGCUGGGCGAGGCCGCCCUCCUCCCGGAUCCCGUCCAAACGGCGUCACCUGUGCCGGGUCCCGGGAUGAGUCGCGCGGGCGGCGGCUGCGCCGGGCCGGGAGAGCACAGCCGGGCUCACAGGCGCCUGGUCAUCCGGCCCGGCCCGAGGGCUGCGCCGGCCGGAGCCACGCGCGAGAUGCUCGCGGGAGCCGGGGCCGCCUGAAGGAGCAGUCGCCGAGGCUCGCUCCGCCGCUGCCGCCGCGCCCGCCCGGACUGCGGGCUCGGGUUACCGCAGAGCGGCUCCUUAAAGGGGCCGCGGCCGCUCGGACUCGGCAGGCGCUCGCCGCGGCUCCGACCCGAGGCCGGAGUGGGCGGGGCCCGGAGGCCGCGCGUGGGGCCCGCGUCCCCGCGCUGGAACAUAAAUGUCGGCUGGGGCUCGGAGCGGCGAGCUUCGGCGGUGCGCUGCGACGGGGUUCCGAGAGCUCACCCCCCGGCCCGCGUGCAGCGAGUGUGCGGUUCGCGGGCUUUGCCAGCAAGUCACAGACCUCACAAGUAUGGGAGUCCGCCCCCGCGGCGGUCAGCGCCCCGACUCGCCACGUAACCAAAAACCCUUUCCAAUGCUUCUGACUUCUGCUUUAUAUGCCCAAGUGCUGGGCAAAUGGUCGGCAUGGUUUGCUUAUCAGGAAGGGGAUGAAAGGGCAAUUGCUGAUUUUUUUUUUCUCCUGCCACGUCUGACACGGCCAAAGUCGAGCCCCGCCCCGUUCUGGUUUGAAGCAGCAGACUGAGUGUCACAAGUAUGCCAAGUUCAGAAACUGUGCUUUUCUGACCUGCUGUAGCAAUCAGACAAGAAUUGCCUGGGAAAAAGUCAAAAUAAUAAAGUACAUAUAAGCUGCAUAAUUCGCAAAA